GCUUGGACCUAAAAGCCAUGGAUGUAUUAAGAAAAAGCGCCGUUGCCAUGACAACACUAAACUUUGACAUGGCGUUCCUGUUACCAGACCUGUUGUUUGAAACGUCUGGACGCGGUCCUCCACCCAAUAACAAUUUUUAUUCUUUCAUAAUCACCAAGUCAGAUGUGAUAUGGAGAUGGUGGAAGAUAUCCCCGAGAACUGUAGACAGGAACUCCAAACCUGGGGAGCUCAAGGAGUCUCACCAGGACUUCUUGGAUGACAGUGUGCUGCAAAGGGAGGUCGGUAUGGUUUUCGGUCAUCGAAUCUUGGAGUACAUCAAGGCUUUGUGCCAAGGCCAUUAUGAUUAUCUAGAGCGCCUGUCCGACUCCUUACUUCUGCGGAUAAUAAAUUAUCUAGAACUAGAGGAUGUGGGUCAGCUUGGACGAACGUCACGCAGGUUCAUGCAGCUAUGUGGGUCAGAGGAGUUUUGGGAGCAGGUAGUGCAGCGGCGCUGCAACACAGUGUCGGCUGAGGUUAGAUCUCUGGCGCUUGAGGUGGGCUGGCGCAGCAUCUUCUUCACCAGCAAGCUGCAGCUGCAGAAGUUGAUCAGCCGCAGGAGGCUGAAGACUGAGGAGCAUCAAGAAGGACAGGCCCCUGAAUCAGAUACAGAGGGAGAGGAAUCUCCUGAUGAAAGCUCAGAGACAGGGCAGACAUUCGGUUCUGAGGAGAAGAGCAAUAGUAGAGCAGAAUGCCGUACAGACAAGACACUGAGUUAAUCCUUUUGUCUGAUAUUGCUGUAGUCCUGUGUUUCGGUUGUAUUGAUAUGCCAUUUAUACACAUUCCUCCUCCUAAAAGGAGUUGUGUAUUGAUUAUAAUAUUAUCAUUUGUCAAAUGUAAAUUCUAUUUUUACGUUUGUUUGAUAUGAUUUUUGAGUUGUCAAUCCUCUAUAUGAUAUUUGGGGAUAUGUUCAUUAGUAUGUCCAUUGUGCCAUGACUGUUCUGACUUAGCAUACAUUAAUAACACAGACAAAAUAUAGCAAAGGACGUUGUUCAUUGUAAUAUACAAUAUUGUAAGUUGUAGAUGUAAUAUACAUUUAAAAUGCAAUUCUGCUGUCUGUGUCAUUCAUGAACUCACCAGUAGUUACUGAGUAAAAACUCAGUAACUACUUGCCACCUUA